GAAUAAAUCACUACGUCUGUUCUUUGUUACCAGGAGAAUCAUUUGAGUUCCUCAGCUGUGAUUAUGUGUGCAGAUCUGGUCAAGAAAGUGAUACAAUGGACAGCCUCUAUACCACAGAAUUCUUAAAUAGUAUUACAUGCUCUGGAAUGCCACCACACAAGUUACACUUGAAAGUAGGAGCACCAAUUAUGCUAUUGCGAAACAUAGAUCAAGCUUCAGGUCUGUGUAAUGGGACACGACUUCUAAUAUCUCAUCUGGGACAAAGCGUGAUUGAAGCCAUAACAUUGAAUGGGUCAAAACCCAACCAAAAAGUUCUAAUUCAUCGAAUGGAUAUGAAUCCUUCUGAAAGUCGUUGGCCGUUUAAAAUGCAAAGGAGGCAGUUCCCGAUAAUGUUAUCAUUUGCAAUGACAAUCAACAAAAGUCAAGGCCAAUCAUUAAGGCAUGUUGGUCUAUAUUUGCCUAAGCCUGUUUUCAGUCAUGGACAGCUAUAUGUUGCGUUAUCCAGAGUAAAGAGCAUGGAUGGUUUAAGGAUUGUUGUUGAUGACAAAGAUGGUUGUUUGAAGAGAACUACAACAAAUGUUGUGUACAAAGAAAUAUUUACAAAUGUAAAUAGUACAAAUAUUUAGUCUGUAGUAAAUUAUUGAUUGUCAUCAAUGCUAUAAAAUGUAAUUAUACAUUUCCCG